UGUGCAGAGCUGAUACUUGGCUGAUACACCAAUGCAUCGAUAUCAAUAACGCAUGAUCAGCGCAGCCAGGGCGCGCGCCCGGUACGGCUGCCGCGGGAAACAACCCAUGGCCAGGGCGCAACAGGGCGAAAUGAACAACAUGCAUCAGCUGUUGCUGCAACAGGGGUGCAAAAUAGGCUACUGGGAGCGCUCACAGAGGCGGCCUGCUUUUGACGCUCAUCAUGGGGCCAGCCACGAAGGGAGCAGCGUCGAAGGCUGCUAGCCCAGCGCAGGCAAACGGGAAAGCUAGCGCUGGCGCUGACCGCCCGGCGCUAUAUACCUUGCGAUAUCUAUCCAGCGAGAGCACCCUUCCGCAGAUACCUGCGAAGAAGGCUAGCAAGCUUGCGCGGGCUUUACACCUCGACUUCGGCAAGUCAAAGGAUAAGAAGGCCAACAAUAGGACAAUAUACGCCACAUUCAUCCUCGACGAUGGCGAGGGUAAGAAGCCUGCAACAGUGAAUGACGAGAGCAAACGCUGCGACCUCGGCGAGAAGGAAGUCUCGAUAAACUUCUCUGCCCGAGGAACGUCGAAGCUCAAGAUUGCCCUCUAUGCCGAAGGAAAUAAGGGCAAAGAUGACCUCCUUGCCUCGAAAGAAUGCGAUAUGACGGCGCUAGCGACAGAGAGGCAACUUGCUCAUGUGACCCUCGACAUCGUCGACAAAUCCCUCCUGAGCAAGUCGCCUCGCCUCGCGCUCGAGAUCAAAGUCGAGCGAAUCGGACAGGUUGAUACGAAGGAGCUCGCUGCACCUCUGGCGUUCCCAGAGAAGUGGGUGAAGAUGGAGCGGCAUGUGAGGGCGUUGUUAGCGAUUGGCGACGUGUUGUCGGAGAUGGACCCCCGCGCAAAGAUGGUCAUCUCCUUGCUCAAUCUCGGAUUCGAGGUGAGUACUACGAACUGAUCAUGUUACGCACGCCGUGUGAGCCAUGACGGUUCAAGUAGUGC